GCACAUGAAGCCGCAGUGGGUGACAGGCAGUGAUGGCGGAAGUGGAUGUGUUGCUGCCCGUGAUGGCGGAAGUGCUGGAAGAAAAAAUGAAGCCGGACCCCGAGAGAAGUCGUUUCCCCCAUUGUGUUGUGUGGACCCCAAUUCCAGUCCUGACGUGGCUUUUCCCAUUCAUUGGUCAUAUGGGAAUUUGUACAUCAUCUGGUGUGAUUCGAGACUUUGCAGGUCCCUAUUUUGUUUCAGAGGAUUGCAUGGCUUUUGGGAAGCCAGUAAAAUAUUGGCAGUUGGAUCCGAAUCUUGUGUAUGCCGGUGGGCCUAAUCCAUGGGACACAGCCGUCCAUGAAGCUUCUGAGGAAUAUAAACAUCGUAUGCACAACCUAUGCUGUGAUAACUGCCAUUCUCAUGUGGCUAUGGCGAUGAACCUAAUGAAAUACAAUAACACAUCCUGGAAUAUGGUGAAACUCUGUCUUUACAGCCUAAUCUACGGCAGAUAUGUCAGUGUUGGAGGCUUUCUGAAGACUUGGGUUCCAUUCCUCUUACUGGUAGGGGUGAUUCUCACGGUCAUUCUUACCUUACACCUGUGGUGACAUUUUCUCUGAGGACUGCCAAAUCAUUGUCUACCAUUCAGACCCUGCCUGGAAUAAAGCGUGAGAUGGAACAGAAGACAUACGCUCGCUUUCCUUGAGGCAUGCAUGGCAUUUAAUCUUGUUUCCUUCAACCAACUGGAAAUUGACAGGAGCGCUUGUCUUAUCGUUCAGACAGGCCAGUGCCCUUACUAACUAGGACCCAGACUCUUAUUUAAAGUAGCCAAACUAGUAGUUGGUGUCAAGAGCUCGCUCACAAGCACAGUACGGUGUACACAGUACGAUUGUAAAUAAGAUGUGGAAUUCACCUCCAUGCCAUUUUUCUAUGUUUUGCAGACACUUGUGGUUUAUGUAUGUGUGUGUAUUUCCAUGUGUGGAUAAAAUAAAUGUGUCUCGUUCACUUAACUUCGCCAGCAUCCAGUCUGCUGUGCUCUUGAGGGAAGACUUUCACAACUGAUUAUAUUUAGAGAUGUUACCAGGGACCAUAAGGCAAUUCUAUGAUGAAAUGCUUAACGGAAUGCCUUUAGAGGCAUUCCGUUAUUCAUUCCGUCAUAAUAGAAGUCUAUGGGCUGCAAA